AAAUUUUGCCGGGUGGCAGCUUCGAAGUAUAUUGAGUGCAUAAACUGAAACAACAACUACAAGCAUAGCACGGAUGGAUUAAAUUAAAACGAAAAGAAUGAAAAUGUGUGCUUUUUAAGUGUUUAAUUGUAAAACUACGAAAAAAUUCAAAUACUCAGCAGUAUUCGCAAAAAGUAAUGUGCGCGUGUGUGCAAAGCAUGUAAAAAGUAUUUUGGAAGCGGCGAAAGGUUUUGCUGGCUAUUAAAAAACCAAAUUUUUCUAAACACGCACACACAGACGCACACAUAUAUAGCCUAGCACACAACGAGCAACGAACUCGUACAGCAGCGACGCCCAAGAAUGAAAGAGCACAAGGCAACAUGAAAAUUACAGCAACAAACAACACAGCAGCAUAAAAACAGACUGAAAGAGAGAGAAAGCGAAAAAGAGAGCGGUGCAGUAGCAGUUAAACGGCAACGACCCGAGCAGAAGUCGCCGCAGAAGCAGAAGUAUUAUUAGCGGGUGUUAUUGUUGUUGUUGAUGUUCUCUUUUGCACGGUGCCAAUUGUCAUAUACGCCGUUGAUCAACAUUACGUUCCACACACUCAGAUACAGAUACUGUUUAAUGUAGUUACAAGAUAGACGGUUAUAGUAAAGUUUAUGAACUGAAUUCCAAAGAUCCUUUGACGACGCCUCGCUGUGCAGAACGAUUUAUUUAAACUUUGUGAUAGUUGUAUUAGAAUUUUUUUUGUUUUUUUUAUAAGUAUAUAUUGUAGCAUUUUAAGAGAAACCAAACAAAGUUGCAAACCAAAUAGAACGUGAAGCUAUAAAUUGCUAAUGCAUUCCACAAGCACAACCACAACAUUAUCAACAACAACAACAACAACAAUGAUAACAACCAGAGUAUUUGACAAAUACAGAAUGGGCAUUAUGCUGUUGCUAUUGAUGGUCAGUUUUCUCGGCUGUCCGGUUAUUAUCGAAGCAUGCUCCAGCCGCACAGUACCCAAGCCGCGUCCAUCGAUCUCAUCAUCCAUGUCCGGUACAGCGGUGCCGCCCACACAGUCGCUGCCAACAAUGGUGACAACACCUAGAACAACCACAACAACGACAACAACAACGCCCAGGCCAAACAUAACAUUCCCCACAUACAAAUGCCCAGAGAACUUUGAUGCCUGGUACUGUCUCAAUGAUGCCCAUUGCUUUGCGGUCAAGAUUGCCGAGCAGCCCGUCUACAGCUGUGAGUGCGCCAUUGGUUUUAUGGGACAACGGUGCGAGUACAAGGAAAUCGAUGGCUCCUAUCUGCCCAAGCGACCACGUCCAAUGUUGGAGAAGGCCAGCAUCGCCAGCGGUGCAAUGUGUGCACUCGUCUUUAUGCUAUUCGUCUGUCUCGCUUUCUAUUUGCGCUUUGAGCAGCGUGCCGCCAAGAAGGCCUACGAGUUGGAGCGUGAACUGCACGACGAUGACGAGGAGGAAAGCGAUUGCGAACUGUGCGAUUGCUGUCGUUCUCAAUGCUGCGCUGGCGGAGACAAGCCUCUUGUGGAACGCAAGUUACCCUAUCACUUGCGGCUGGAGCACGCUCUAAUGUCCUUUGCCGUUAGGCGCAGCACAAAGAUAUAAAAAUUGAUAUAAAAUACAAUCAGAUUAAUUCAAUCAUGAUGACCUUGCCCGUUGUGCAUGUUAUGUUAAAAGUCUUAAAUGCGUAUUACGAAUUUCUAUGUGCUUUAGUCGUAGUUUAAUAGUCUUAUUAUGUACUGUCCUACUUACAUGUUAAGUGUUACCUUCGGAUUCCAAUCCAUACGGUAUUUGCCUUGUACGCAGCCUGAAUCUAUACAGGUUCAAUCCAGAAAUUAACUCCAAAUUCAAUUCCCUAACCUGGUUCAGUGCUCUCCGUACUCUAUUAUGAAUCGAAUAUGUAUUUUUUAUACCAUAUGCUAUAGCUAUAUUUAUUUUACUCCUAACUGAUAUACGUAUCAUUCGAAAUACACAUCCACAACGAACAAAAUGGAAAGAACACGCCAAGUAUUAUUUAUCGCACUAGAUAUGUACGGAAUGUAUUGAAGAAUUUUUUAUAAAUACACUGCACUUGCAUAUUAUUUAUGUAAAAAAGCAUAUCCAAAAA